GUUCCCUUCCAUGAUUAUGGUUAACUUAGUGAUGCGAAAACAACCUUUCCCUCAGUGAAUUAUACUGUAAAUACGUCUUGUAUGAAUCCAAUGUCUGGUAUUCGAUCUGCGCAACUUGAAACGGGCCUUGAUAUUACACACUCUGAAAAUUCAAAAUACUAUUGAGGGUGUCAGGUGGUUAACAGAUUCAAGUAUUGAAUGUGACAAUUAGACUGACGUUAGAACAAGGACUGCCUUCGGCUCUCACGUCUAGGUUUGAUCAGCUUUCACAGAAAACAGAAUAAGAGCUAUCACGAGGAUAUGAAAACCGCCUGUCUGUAUAAGCACCAGGGCGGCAAACAUACGUUUGUCGGUUUCCAUAGCAACACAAAUUAAGCAAAAAACCAAUUUAAGUUUUGCCGACUGUAAAAAACAAUACUUAAAUUGACGUUUUCGAUAUUACUCCUUGACUUGUAAAAAAUCAAGGAUUAAUUAACGUCAGGAAAGACAAAGUCCAAUAGAAAAAGAUUUUUAAAACUUAGGCUGAAAUUCAGAUGAAAUAGAUAUUUUGUUCUAGAUAUGAAACUAGACUAAAUGCCAGGCUCCUUUACCAUCGAAACAUAAUGACAUCGCUAAUCGCUUCCACUUAUGGAUUACUUAAACAAAUAUCAUAUUCUUUGACAUUUUAUAUUUUCCCAUUUUUACGAGAGUAAAAUCAAAAUGAAAAAAAUUAACCGGCGCUGAAUUUGUUAGCCUGUAAAAUAUGUUAAAAAUGACAGCGAAAAAAUUAUAUCCUUCGUGUCUUGUGACGAACUUUAAUUUUUUCACAGGUUGCUUGUUUCGAUAAUGAUUAUAAUAUUUAUAUCUUUUUAUGCACAAUUUACACACAAAUAGAACUGAACUAUUUGUAUUUUUACAGAAAGGAAUCUCUCAUUGAACUAAGACAAUGAAAACCGGCGUCAAUGUUGAGCAAAAAUAAAGAAUAAAUGGAUAAACGAAAAAAAAGAAAAAAAAAGAAAAAAAAGUAAAAAAAAAAAAAAAAAAAAUCAAUGACCAGGGAAGAACAAGGAUAUCGGAUAAUUCAAAACAAUGAACACAUCGUAAAUAUACAUUUUAGAAAUAUUCUAAUUUCUUCCUUCCCACUGUCGCAAAAAGUGUCACAAAAAAUUUAACAAGCUAUGCCAAACAUAGUUUCCAGUGUUUUCCAGCGCAUAUAAAUUAACAUUUUUAGAUUUUGAGUAUAGGUUCUUUCCUUUUCUUUUGAAAACUAAAAUAAAAAUUGCAAAAAACAAUGAGUUUUCUAAUGUUUACGGGAAAUUUAGGAAAAUCGACGCCCCACUGUCACAUACUUUGAAAUAAUAAAGACGGCAGGAAAACAGCUAUCGUGAUGACAGAAAUGAUUGAAUAAGUACGAUGACUGAUUGACUUGAUUGGCUAUAAGAUUAUUUCAUUUCCGAGAGAGAGAGCCAACGGCCCAAGCCAAAAAAAAUGGAAAGCAAUUAUAUGAAAUAUUCUUAAACACUCAAAAAUGAAAACAAAAACUUCGAUAUUAUGCCAAAAAACGUGCUAACAAAUAAGAGUAAAAGAGUACUCUGCCAUUUUACGCUUUGUUAGGAAAAAUACUAGAUACAAAUAUGUAACUUUCUUUUCUACAUGCCCAGUAAUACAAUUCAUUUGAGCACUAUGAUUCGAGUUAUGACCUAGUACCCUAAUCUUAUUUUGUAUAGGAGAACUGUUAGACGACGUGCUCUUGGGAUUUUUUUUGGGUGUGUCAAACCACACGUCUAGGUUUGAGCUGUAUACUCUCUAUGCCAAUAAUGCCGUGUCAAACUGCCAGUACAGAUCAAUUAAAGUUAUUUUUUUGAAUCAAUAUUUGUGCUUACGCGUUCCAAAUUUCUUGUAUAUAGAAACAAAUAAAAAGAACAAGUACCUUCAUUUAUCCACUAGUAUCGCUAGCAUUCGUGCAGCAAUGUUGUGCGGUGAAUAUUUUCUCAUUCUAAGUUUUAUCUCUUCUAUUACGGUAAUUCGAGGUGGGUUGCAGUUAUGGUACGAACGGGAUUGCAUCAAAGGCAAAGGUCUGAAUGGAAGUAUUUUGAAGACUUUUGAAGAAUUUCCCAACCCAAAUCCUGGUGCAUGUUUUACUAAAUGCGCCCAUGAUUGCAGAUGUGAAUCGUUUCAGUUCGUUAAAAACGCCSAGAACAACUCGUUAUGCCAACUGAAYGGUUACCCUUUCGAAAAUUCCACGGAAACCAUGGUUGAAAUGGAGGAUUYUAUUUUCUGUAWUAUGACGAAUGAGCGAUCUUCUAAGGGAUGUAGUCCUUGUGAUGAGGGCUGCUGCAACAGCAAGGCUAAUCCAUGCACACUGGCAGGUGGUCRAUGCAUCGUCGGCUGUAACACUAGACCAAGAUACAAAUGCGUGUGUGAUGACGGUGAAGUAGGAACAAAGUGUACACCAAGACCGAAGAGUUGUCGAGAUGUGUUAAGAUUCAAUUCAUCUGCAAAGUCUGGUCGUUACACCAUUCAUUUGGCAUCGGACAGACAUAUUACGACACAGGUCUUCUGUGAUAUCUAUUACGAUGAAGCCUGGACAUUAGUGGAAUCGUUCAGGCGUAUUGACCAAUCAACGUUCGACGUGCCAUUCUACAGAGAUUACAAGCAGGAAUCCCCUGGUGACAUGUUGUCUGGGUUUAGACUGUCACUACAAUGGAUGAAGUCGAUAAAAUCCCAUUCCACGAAAUGGCGAGCUACAUGUAAUUACAAUCCACAAGUCCAGCUCGACCGCAUUGAUCUUGUGGUGACCACGUUUAAGAAGAUCGAUUUGUUGUCUACUGAACUUAAACCUGGUUGUCAUGAAGUCAACUACAUCAACAUCAACAAGUACCAGUGUCACGACUGUACCACGUGGUUCUCACAAAGAGCCAAUGAAAGCGCGCAUUUCUCUCCCAAAUAUGGUGAAAUGCACGGUUGCUUUUAUCGGGGACCCCCCGAUUUCCCUGUUGAGUCACGUGCCUUUGGAAGUUCCGCUACGUUUUACAGUUCGUUCAGGUGCACCGAUGGAAUGUUUUCGACYACAGCUUUCUGGUUUGGAGGGUAAAAGUAUAGAUAGAACGCUGUGUGGUCACGCGAUGCAAAAGAUUUCGUGACUGGCGACUGGUUUCGAUGUCACUAGAAGUUCAUAAAACACAACACAAAUCUUAAAGCAUUAUGGUUUAAGAUUGGUUUUUGAUCGUAAUAUUAUACUUUAUCUAUUGUAUUCAGUGUAAUUUUUUUUUCCCGGUAUUGAAAGUUUCAGUUUUGACUUCAAGACCUUCAAGUCAGUACGUUUUAGCCACUUACUUUAAAAAUAACUCAAAAAUAUCAAUUUAUACAUUUAACCAUUAUUCAUUCGUGUAUUUAUCACCAUUUCCAACUUGGAAACAAAUAAAAUUGUAGAAAAGAUCGUUUUCUAGGUUAAAUUCAUGCUUUUACAUGCCCAUGUAAAAAUCCUUCAUAAACAUGUCGUCAUUUCUAUUUAUAGCAUCGAUGUAAUYGAAUGAUGUAAUGUUGUCAACCGAGGUAGAAAUAAAAUUAUGCUCGGUAUAAAACACUGUUGUGAGCGAUUUCUUGCAGUUUAAUUCAACUCUGAWAACUACAACUACAAUGCCAGCUACAAGGACAAUAUCUAAYCAGAGAAGUACUACUCAAAA